AUGGAGCGCAAUACCGAAGCGAGGGAACUUUGCGACCUUAUCUCCGAAAAGUUGCCCAUGGAGCUUGUAGACAUCGUUUACGCUUAUGUUGAACCAUACCCUCAGGUACUUGAAGUCAACCAUGUCCAACAAGAAGACCCUUUGGGAGACAAAGCAAACACCCAACAAGUCUUGGAACGAUACCUAGACACCAACAUCGUGAGCCUUAAGUUUGCCGAGGGGAAAAUGAAGGUCUUCCAUCGCGAGACCGUUUUCUCCAUCUGCCGUGUGAAGCACCUCACACGGUUUCUCAGUCAGAACCGUUGGAGGGAAUACGAGCACCUGAUUCCAAAAGAACUGGUGCGCAACAUUCAUAUCAAGAUACCAGUAAACCAGAUCAACCUCGAAUCGGCCGAGGGAGUUGCAGAGUAUCCAGGGCAGCCCAUAAUGCAAAUUGUCACUGGAGACGUGAUCCUGAACGAGCCUAUACCGCUACAGACCCUCAUACAGAAAGGGAUUCGAAUUACUCUAGAUAUUCGAUCCAACUGUAAAGGACGGUCUUUCCUGCUGCUAGAUCACAUCAUGGAGGCAGUUGAGGAGUCUUCCUCUCAUGAGCGCCCAUUCGAAACUGAGGAGAUCGACCAUCCAGAAGACCUUGAAUUCGAAGAGUGGGAAAAUACAGAAGACUUUGAACUCAUAUCGCGUCUUCUGCUGCUGAUGCUAAUGAAGCAUUUGCUGCCAUUCCUCCAGGAUCUGGUUAAGAAUGGACACGAUUUUGGAUAGCCGAGAGAAGUGGUCGUGGGUCAUGAGCAGGGAUAGCAUGAG